AUGGUCGCAGUCGGUCGGGGAUAUUUGGAAAUGGCAAAGUUCCUGCUCCGUAAGGGGGCAAACCCUCGUGAUCGCGACGCCCGUGGAAUUCCAGUUGUAGUCCUGGCCCUGGAAGCGCGCAAGACUCGCAUGGCCAACUGGCUGCUGGAUUCGGGGCUUGCUGUGGAGGAAGGAGUGCCACCGACCAACACCGAGCACGCGGACCUUCUCUCCAUGGCCUUGGAAUGGGUCGUUGCCCGGAGGGUGAUGCCUGCCUUCGACGGUUUGGUUGGGGCACCCCAGCCUUCAUCGCCGAGCGUGCGGGAGUACAUGAAGGAAUGGUCAAUGGCUGAGCAGCUGCUACACGAAUCUGGUGUGGAUCCAAAGAUCACCCCGUGUGCACGCUCCUGUUCUGCCUUCGACGAGUGGGGAGACUCUCUAUUCUUCCGUCCCAUGCGCAUGUUCAUCUUCAUGUCUGCAGCGGAACGACGCGUGAGAGCAGAGUCCAGUCGGUUGGUUGAACCGGUGCCGUCAGCUCAUGGAAAGAAGUUCAAACAAGCGCUCUCCAAGCGGGAGUACGCAGCCUCCUUUGGUAAACGUCGGCCAGCAUGCCGUCUGCCUGCUCGCCAGCCUGGUCGAGCUGGAAAA